AUGACGCGGCCUGCGCUGCGCCGCGCGUGCCUCCUGCUCCUCGCGCACCACGCCCUCGCGCUCGUCGCGCCGCCGCAGCGGCCGCGUCGCGCGACGUCGCUCGCGCUGAGCGACUACGUGCCCACGCCCGUCGACCCGGCGGUCGUCGCGCAGCAGCUCGGCGUCAUCGGCGCGAGCGGCGGCGCGGCGUACUACUGGUGGACGGUGACGGUCCCGCAGAAGCGGCUCGAGGUGAGCCGGAGCAAAAAAGGCGGCGACAUCGCCGAGCUCCUCGACGAGCUCGAGACGGCGGGCGAGGCCGCGGACGGGAGGCUCACGGCGGGCGACAAGCGGCUCGAGCGCUGGCUGCUGAGCGACUGGCUCGACCCGCAGCGGCGCAAGGACCCGGCGCUGCCCUUCCUGCCGAAGAGCAAGUUCAACAGCGGCGACNACCCCAUCAUCGCCGCGGCCGCGCUCAUCCUCGCCGCGCUCGACGGCGGCGCGCUCUUCGCCGCCACGGGGCCCGACGAGACGGCCCUCGGCCCCCUGGCCAACGCGUCGCGGGACGUCGUGCGCGUCGAGAACGCGUCCUUCGAGGGCAACUGGGCGCCGUACCGCGGCGGUUCGAUAGUCGUCUGCGGCCUCGUCGACUUUCACCUCGCCGGCGCCGUCGUGCGCGACUCCUACGCCUCCGAGGCCGGCGCCCUCUACGUCUUCGACGGCGCCGGCCUCAACGCGUCGGACGUCCGCCUCCUCGACAACGUCGGCGGCGGCGCGACGUUAGGCGGCUUCCAGUCGCGCGGCGAGACGCCGCGCGCGUCGGCGGCGGACUGGGUCGUCGCGGGCAACUACCGCCCGUACUUUGGGGGCGGGCUGCUGGUCACGUGCGCCGCGACCUUCGAGGGCCUCGUCCUCGACGGCAACGCCGCGGACUGGUACGGCGGCGGCCUCGCGUCGUCCGUCGGCGGCGACGUCGUCCUGCGCCGCGCCGUCGUGUCCGGCAACGUCCUCUACGACGCGGAGCCCCUCGGCGACCUCAUGAUGGGCGGCGCGGGCGUCGCCGCGGCCGUCGGGCCCCUCGUCAUCGAGGACAGCCUCUUCGUCGGCAACUCGGCCGGCGACGGCGGCGGCGGCGGC